GCUCUGGCCUAGGGCUUUGGCUGGAGCUGCGAUGGCGCUUUCGAUCGGCCGGCAUUGCGCGCGCUCGCGAUCGCUCCUCCGGAGGCUCUACUCGUCCUCGGCCGAUGCCGCGCCGGAUCUUCCAGCUCUUCAAAUGCCGGCUUUCGAUCACGUCCCGCGGCCUUACGCCGGCCCCAGCGCCGAGGAAGUUCUCGAGCAGCGGAGGAAGUUCAUGAAUCCCGCGAUGUUUCUCUACUACAAGAAGCCUCUCAAUAUUGUGGAAGGGAAGAUGCAAUAUCUUUACGAUGAGAGUGGAAAGAGGUACUUGGAUGCGUUUGCUGGGAUUGUCACUGUUUCCGUGGGUCAUUGCCACCCAGAGGUUGUCCAGGCCGUGAUCAAGCAAACCGAGCUCUUGCAGCACACAACCACAAUCUAUCUACACCAUGCUGUCGCCGAUUAUGCUGAAGCUCUCGCGGCAAAAAUGCCUGGAAAUCUCAAGGUGGUUUUCUUUGUGAAUUCUGGAUCAGAGGCUAACGAUAUGGCAAUGCUUAUGGCUCGGCUCUACACUAAGUCGUAUGAUAUUGUUGCUCUACGUAAUGCCUAUCACGGUAUGAGCCCGUCUACCAUGGGACUUACUGCCCAUAGCACCUGGAAAUAUAACUCUCGAGAGUUUAAAAAAAGAGCUCCUCCCUCUCAGAGAUGGAGGAGAUGGUGAAAGAAAGAAGCAAAGCAAGCUCGUGAUACCUGUGAGCAAAGAGGCCACAUUUAUACCAUAUGGAACAAAAGAGAGAGGGAAAAGUGGGAGCACAGCACAGUAGCCAGCAGCAGCAGGAACAAGGCAGGCGGGCGGAUUAUUAUAGUCAAAUAAACUCGAUAAUUAAGACGCAAAGCUAAUCUACAAAGAAAAAAAAAACAGAGGAAAACACGACUCUAGAUGCUCUCUAAAGUUCAAAAGAGUUUGAGAAGUUAAACUCACUGUUCUUCGUCCCCAAUUUGGA